AUGCGUACGGACGUGACCAGAAGGCGCGCCGCUGAGGUACGACGGGUCGACAUCCUCCGCGCGCUCCCAGACGCUCUCGCACGCGCCCUGCCACACGUGCGGGUGUUCUCGCUUGGUCCGUGCAAGGCGGCUCUGAACGAGUGCGAUCGAUCGGUCGGGAGGUCGGAGAAACUCUGGGAGUCCUUGAACCCGGAUUUCUGCGUGGUGAUCAAGGCGCAGGACGCGGUCGACGAGGAGUGGGGCGAGAUGAGUUCCCAGGUUGACGAGCAUCUGCGCGAACUGAGGCGACGAGCGGACGAGACUGCGGGGCUUCGGGAUGAGCAGUGGUGGUGGGUCGAGGGAGAGGGAAAAGAGAGACGGGCGAUCGGGAUCUGGAAAGAGAAAGGAGAGUGGGCGCGCGACGUGAUUGAGGACAUGGACUUCGACACGAAGACGGGCCUGAACGCGUCUAUCCCCCCCACCUCCCCCCGGACGUUCCACCUACCCCACAGUACGAUGUCGCCCUACCCGAAGAAAGGUAAGGGCAAAAAGAAAGCCACCACCCCGGUCGACGAAUACACGACCUGGGAGGACAAAGACGGCGAGAUCUGUGGCGCCGCCUCCACCGACAUCGCUGCCGCGCUCGUCGAAGAGCGGCAGCUCCCCAACCUCCUCCGCUACCUGGCUCGCACCAUCCUCCGGGUUGGUGGGUUCACAGGGCCCUACGUCGACGCGGCCGCGGCCGACUACGACUCCCGCCUCGCCUCGUUCGGGUCCAAGCACUCGAACGGGGCCUUCAACGCCAUCACCACGACGUACGGCACGCUGUGCGAAGUGGUCGGUGAGGCCAUUCGCGAGGCCAACAUCCACCACCGCGAGCUCACCCCUGUGGCGACCGCCCCCACCCCCACACCUACCGCCGACGUGGCUGACGCCAUGGACACCACCCCGGCCGACGUACCCUCCCCCACACCCCUCCCCGCCCCCCUCCUCCAGGCGGCGCCUCUGGCCUCCCCCCCGCCUGCCCCCGUCCUCGAGGCUGCCCCCGUGGUCGCCCCCGUGCCCCCCGCUCCCACGCCUGCUGCGCCCACCGGCGUCGCGGCCCUCCCAGCCAGGCCCUUUGGGGCCCCGACCCAGCCUGCCCCCGGCCCUGCGGCCCCGGCCAGCGUCCCCGAGCCCACAUGGGCGACGGUUGCACGCGCCGGCGCCAAGAGGAAGGGGAAGGGGGUGACCGGCGCGGCCCGCAAGGGUUUCGUCGCGCGCCCCGCGGCAGCCGCCGCUCCCACGGCCCCUGCCCCGCCCCCCACCACCGCCCCCGUCGCCCCGGCCAAGGCCGCGCCGACGGCGCUUCAAAACACGCUGGCCGCGCUGCGCCGCUGCCGCCCAGCUGGGUCCGCCCGGCUGGUAUACCUCCACGCCGCCCAUGACCUCACCCACGCCCCCGUGUGGUCGAGCGACGCCAAGGCCCUCGAGGUCCUCCGCCGGGCCGUCGACUUCAAAAUCGACCGCCUCUCCUCCAACCCUGCGCGCACGCGGUGGACGGUCGUCCCCGCGAUCUGCCCCCGUGACGCCCCCAUGACUUGGGACGCCCAGGCCUCUGCCCUCGCGGACGCCCUCGGCCGCCUCCUCGGCAACCCCCUGCGCGCCUCCCGGUACGUCAACCGGGUGUCGGUCCUUUACCACCACGUCGAGUGCUCCGCGCUCGACGACGCCGGCGCCCCCGUCGCCCUCUCCCCCUUCAACGUCCUCCGGGACGCCGUUCACCGCUCCGGUGACACCGCGUGGUCCGACGGCCGCGCGACGCUCCCCGACACCAACACCUCCGACUUCAAGACGCUGCGGGCCCUCAACGGGUCGCGGCUGCUCUUCGACAUCGGCCCGCGCGCGUGCACCCUCGCGCGCGUGCCCGACCGCCCCCUCCAGUGCUCGAACUGCCAACAGUUCGGUCACACAGCCGUCCGAUGCCGUGCGCCUCCAGCGUGCGGUUUCUGCGCCGGCUCGCACCACACCCACCACCACGAGGUGCUCGCCAAGCGCCCUGGUCCCACCGUCCACGUGGCGAAUGGCACGACGGACCGCUUGAAGAGCAUGUUGUCCCUCAAUGACGACGUCCUCCUCCUCAUCGUGUCCUUCCUCUCCCGCAAAGACGCGCUCGCGGUGGCUUGCACUUCCAAAUAUGCAUACUGCUUAGCGACACCCAGCAGUCUUUACGACGCAAGUUAUCCUUACAGUAUGAGAGACCCCGAGAUGUCUCGAUGGGAGUACUUACUCGGAUACGACAAGUUCCUGGGUGUCCCACGGAGGCGCUACGUUCGAGGGAUCGCCGUCUCGAUCUGGCCUGAGGACGAAAACGAGAUGGCCUCACUCUUAGAAGCCCUACCCUCGUUUUCAAACCUCCAGUCACUCUAUUGCGAUUACACCAGCGAGCUCAUAGAGCGGCACCCACGCUUCGUCGAACGUAUCCCCAACUUGGUACAGCUUACAGAGAUUGGACUUUACGACUUGCGUCCAACGAUCCUACCGAACCUGGCUUCCAUUCUUGCCUCUCCCCACCUCACUACUGUCACUAUCUUCUUUCGGAAACGCCCUAAAGCUGACGCACACUGGAAUGCCUCACAAGCUUUCGUACUCCUAUCGACACUCGCCGCUCUCCCCUCACUAUGCACCCUCUCGUUGAUGUCUGUUGCGAUACCUUUUCCGCCACGCUCUACCACCAUGCACACUAUCCCUAUGAUCUCCUCUCUUCGCCACUUAACCGUCAUAGCCAUUGUCGACACGUCCGCAAAUAUCGCCGGGUACUGCCCCAACCUGACCACGCUCGAGAUGGGUUUCUGGAUUGAUGGCAUGGCACUGGGGUACGACCAAGUUGCGCAUCUCUCAGUGCUCACCAAAGACGUCUGGCCGUCCAUCCGCGAGCUUGACUACUCAAUGCCGCGGCCAACUUCGUUCACGAACCACCUUGGACGAGCGAGCAAAGUGACGAUCCACUAUAAGCGCCUGGACGACUACGGAGACUACCUGCCCAUCCUCAGCAAGACCCGACCGUCCUGCCUGCACUUGAUAAGCCUCAUAUGCGACGACCUGCACUCGUGGCCGUCCAUGGACCAGUUCGAGACGGAGCAAGAUCUCAUCAAGUACGCGUGGAAGGAGCUGGCGAACACGCUGCCGCAGCUGCGGUCAUUGCUGUUGUCGUUAGAAUACACUGCAUUGACCGAGGACUUUGUGACCAUACUUCUAGACGCGCUCCGCCCUCUCCCCCUCACGCACUUCUCGCUGUGGGCUCCCGCUCGCUACACGGCACUAACGAGCGAACACACCACCACGGCGUCCACCAACAAAAGGCGCACCACCGAGGUACACCGGGUCGAUACCCUCCGCGCGCUCCCAGACGCACUCACACGCGCAUUGCCACACGUGCGGGUGUUCUCCCUCGGUCCGUACAAGGCGGCUCUGGACGAGUGCGAUCGACGGGCCGGGAGGUCGGAACGGUUCUGGGAGUUCUUGAACCCGGAUUUCUGGUCAGCGAUGCAGGCACAGGACGCGGUCGACGAGGAGUGGGGAGAGAUGAGUUCCCAGGUUGACGAGCAUCUGCGUGAACUGAGGCGACGAGCGGUCGAGACUGCGGGGCUCCGGGACGAGCGGUGGUGGUGGGUGGAGAGAGAGGGCGAAGAGAGACGGGCGAUCGAGAUUUGGAAGGAGAAGGGCGAGUGGGCGCGCUAUGUGAUCGAGAGCGUGGACUUUCAGCCGGGCGAUCUCACCGGAAUGUUUCAUAACAGCUGGUGCUACGACCCAUAG